UAAGGGAAGAGUGCUCCUCGGCGCCUGCUUGGAGACAGCUGUCCUUUCCUCUUGGCCGUCAAUCUGGGAUUUAGUUUUCUCUUGGUGGUUUGCGGAUGUCCGAGGAGCAGGCCAGUAGCCUUUCAGCGAAAAUGGGAGACGAGGAGAAGCCGGUAGGUGCUGGUGAAGAGAAACAAAAGGAAGGAAGCAAGAAGAAGAAUAAAGAAGGAUCGGGGGAUGGAGGUCGAGCAGAGUUGAAUCCUUGGCCUGAAUAUAUUAACACACGUCUUGAGAUGUACAAUAAACUAAAAGCAGAACACGAUUCCAUUCUGGCAGAAAAGGCAGAAAAAGAUAGUAAGCCCAUUAAAGUCACCCUGCCUGAUGGUAAACAGGUGGAUGCAGAAUCCUGGAAAACUACACCAUAUCAAAUUGCUUGUGGAAUUAGUCAAGGCCUGGCCGACAACACUGUCAUUGCUAAGGUGAAUAAAGCCGUCUGGGACCUAGACCGUCCUCUGGAGGAAGAUUGCACCUUGGAGCUGCUCAAGUUUGAGGAUGAGGAAGCUCAAGCAGUGUAUUGGCACUCAAGUGCUCACAUAAUGGGUGAAGCCAUGGAAAGAGUCUAUGGUGGAUGUUUGUGUUAUGGACCACCAAUAGAAAAUGGAUUCUAUUAUGACAUGUACCUUGAAGAAGGGGGUGUGUCCAGCAAUGAUUUCUCUUCUUUGGAGACUUUAUGUAAGAAAAUCAUUAAAGAAAAGCAAGCUUUUGAAAGAUUAGAAGUUAAGAAGGAAACUUUACUGGAAAUGUUUAAGUACAACAAGUUCAAAUGCAGGAUUUUGAAUGAAAAAGUGAAUACUCCAACUACCACAGUCUAUAGGUGUGGUCCCUUGAUAGAUCUUUGCCGGGGUCCUCAUGUCAGACACACUGGCAAAAUCAAGACUUUGAAAAUACACAAAAAUUCCUCCACCUACUGGGAAGGCAAGUCAGAUAUGGAGACUCUACAGAGAAUUUAUGGCAUUUCAUUUCCAGAUCCUAAGAUGCUGAAAGAAUGGGAGAAGUUCCAAGAGGAGGCUAAAAACCGAGAUCAUAGGAAAAUUGGAAGGGACCAAGAACUCUACUUCUUCCAUGAACUCAGCCCUGGGAGUUGCUUUUUCCUGCCCAAGGGAGCCUACAUUUAUAACACACUUAUUGAAUUCAUCAGGAGUGAAUACAGGAAACGAGGAUUCCAGGAGGUGGUCACCCCGAACAUCUAUAACAGCCGGCUCUGGGUGACCUCGGGCCACUGGCAGCACUACAGCGAGAACAUGUUCUCCUUUGAAGUGGAAAAGGAGCUGUUUGCUCUGAAACCCAUGAACUGCCCAGGACACUGCCUCAUGUUUGAUCAUCGGCCAAGAUCCUGGCGAGAGUUGCCUCUGCGAGUUGCUGAUUUUGGGGUGCUUCAUAGGAAUGAGCUGUCAGGAGCACUCACAGGACUCACUCGGGUCCGAAGGUUCCAGCAAGAUGAUGCCCAUAUAUUCUGUGCCAUUGAGCAGAUUGAGGAUGAAAUAAAAGGUUGUUUGGAUUUUCUGCGCACAGUAUAUAGCAUAUUUGGAUUUUCUUUUAAACUGAACCUGUCUACUCGCCCAGAAAAAUUCCUUGGAGAUAUUGAAGUAUGGAAUCAAGCUGAGAAACAACUUGAGAACAGUCUGAAUGAGUUUGGUGAAAAAUGGGAAUUAAAUCCCGGAGAUGGAGCUUUCUAUGGUCCAAAGAUUGACAUUCAGAUUAAAGACGCUAUUGGGCGGUACCACCAGUGUGCAACAGUACAGCUGGAUUUUCAGUUGCCCAUUAGAUUUAAUCUUACUUUUGUAAGCCAUGAUGGGGAUGAUAAGAAAAGGCCAGUCAUUAUCCAUAGAGCCAUCUUGGGGUCAGUGGAAAGAAUGAUUGCUAUCCUCACUGAAAACUAUGGGGGCAAAUGGCCCUUUUGGCUGUCCCCUCGUCAGGUAAUGGUAGUUCCAGUGGGACCAACGUGUGAUGAAUAUGCCCAAAAGGUACGGCAACAAUUCCACGAUGCUAAAUUCAUGGUGGACAUUGAUCUGGAUCCAGGCUGUACAUUAAACAAGAAGAUCAGAAAUGCACAGUUAGCACAAUAUAACUUCAUCCUAGUUGUUGGUGAAAAAGAGAAAACCAGCGGUACUGUCAAUAUCCGCACCAGAGACAAUAAGGUGCACGGAGAACGUACAACCUCUGAAACCAUCGAGCGGCUCCAGCAGCUCAAGCAUUCCCGCAGCAAACAGGCAGAAGAAGAGUUUUAAGGAAGAACUCUGCCCAGCUUGGCUCAGUAGAACAGGGUGAGCAGGUUUGCCUACCAUGAACUUUGUAUGAUGGAAAAUAUCAGCUUAUACUGACCUUGGAAUAAUUUGGCGGAGCCUUCGGAGAUUACUGCAGAUCAAUAUUUUUUAAUUUAGCCUUUAGACUAUUUAGACUUUAGACGUAUUUGAAGAAGGUAAUUAAAAGUGACCCAGUAACAUGAUUUUAUUCAUUAAAUUUCUGAACACUGGAAUAAAAGCAUGAGGAAUGUGCUAAUGUAAUGUGGAAGAAUGUUUUUGUAAAUGUAAUACAGCUAAAAUGUAAGUUUUUUCAGAUUUGAUCAAUGGAAAAGAUCAGAAUUGGAUUAUGAUAUAAAAAUAAAAACUUCUGUUCACAUAAAAAAAAAAAAAAAAACAAA